GCCGCCAUGAGCGGGUGGGCGCCCUACGUGGAGACGCUGCUGGCGGACGGCACCUGCCAGGAUGCCGCUAUCGUGGGCUAUCGCGACACCCCCGCCGUCUGGGCCGCCGCCCCCGGCAAGACCUUCGCCAAUAUCACGCCGGCGGAGGUGGCGGCACUGGUGGGCCCCGAACGGGGACCACUGCUGGUGCAGGGGCUGACGCUGGGGGGGCUGCGCUGCUCCGUCAUCCGAGACUCGCUGCUGGUGGAGGGCGAGCACAGCAUGGACCUGCGCACCAAAGGGGCUGCCGGAGCGCCCACCUUCAACAUCACGGCCGCCAUCACCAACAAGACCAUUGUGCUGGCCAUGGGCAAGGAAGGCGUCCACGGUGGCUGCGUCAACAAGAAGUGCUACGAGAUGGCCAAUCACCUGCGGCGCAGCCAGUACUGAGGGGACCGGGGGGGACCCCGCACUCCCAGGGACCAGCAGGAGCCGCCAGGGACCAGCAGGACCCCGUCCCCCACCCCCGUCACCCGCCCCGAUCCCCGCUGCCGGCAGCAAUAAAGUGCCCUUGUGGGGAA